CUUCCGGUCUGGAGGUCUGGGCGACUUGCAAAGCAGAAGUCACUCGAAAGGGAUUAGCUAGCUUGCUAGCAGAUGAAGUCUCUUUAGAUGUUGGGGUUUGCGCCAAAUUAGCUACUUGGAACAGCGUUUACACAUCGAGCUAGUGAUAGAGCUCAACCUCUCAGCUGUUGCCAUGGCAAUCCUGUUUGCUGUGGUGGCUCGUGGAACCACCAUCCUGGCAAAGCAUGCCUGGUGUGGCGGCAACUUCCUGGAAGUGACUGAACAGAUUUUAGCCAAAAUCCCAUCAGAGAACAACAAAUUGACCUACAGCCACGGCAGCUAUCUCUUUCAUUACAUCUGCCAUGACAGAAUCAUAUACCUGUGUAUCACUGAUGAUGACUUUGAGAGGUCGCGUGCUUUCAGCUUCCUCAGUGAAGUCAAGAAGCGAUUCCAGACAACGUACGGGUCGCGAGCACAAACAGCCCUGCCUUACGCCAUGAACAGUGAGUUCUCCUCGACACUGGCAGCUCAGAUGAAACACCACUCUGACCCACGAGGAUCAGAUCGCGUCACUGAGACUCAGAUGCAAGUGGAUGACCUGAAGGGCAUUAUGGUCCGCAAUAUAGACUUGGUAGCUCAGAGAGGAGAGAAGCUGGAGUUGCUGAUUGACAAGACAGAAAAUCUGGUUGAUUCAUCGGUCACGUUUAAGACCACAAGUCGUAACCUGGCACGAGCCAUGUGCAUGAAGAACCUCAAGCUGACUAUUGUCAUUGUGCUGGUGUGCCUGGUGGUCCUUUACAUCAUCGUUUCUGCUGCCUGCGGAGGCCUGAGCUGGCCCACUUGUGUCAAAUGAGAGGAGUGUUAAAAGAGAAGGAGAUGGAGGGAAAAAGGAAGAGGGGGAGGAGAAGCGCCUGUUAAACUCUGCCUGCCAGUGGACACAAAAGGAAACACAACGUUCCUUCCUCUGCUCCUCCAGCUUCAACAUCCCCAGAAGACACACCUGCUGCUGCUCCUCCUCCUGCCUCCUCCCUCGCCCCUUCUUUGAUAGCGUGCACAUUGACUUGCCUUCUGGACAGGGAGUCCCACCUCAUACCCACACUAAUGGACAGCAGCCAUGUGGCCUAAAACUGAUGUGGAACAAUAAUCUUGUCUUAUACUAGUCUGGUACAUUCAUCCUGUCUCAUGCACUUAGUGGCCUGAUGUAUCAGUUUGUGAUACUGUCCUGCACCCACCUAUGUAUUUAAUCCAUUCAGACUGAGUCCAGAACGAGCCACAAAGAUAGCAAGGAUCGCUUUAUUAUUGUCCUGCUUUUCCUUUAAUGUCAACUGAGAUGUGGGACCUGCAAGUAUAGGUAGCAUGUUGCAGAUCCACCAAGAAGGAAUCACACAACACAUUGUCAGGUCCUCUGUUAUAUAACGCAAAACUAACUUUAGACAAAGCCAAUGCAGUAUACAGUAUGUCUCAAGUGUCUAAUGAACCAUGCUGCUGGUGUUUCAUGAAUGAGCCCUUUUUGCCCAGAACCAGAUUUUCUGAUUCCUUUCAUGUUUUAUUGCCAAGCACAGUAGUAUAUUCUGACAUAAAUGUUUGUAAAAUACCAGAUAUGAGCAUAUAAAUAAAUAUUGUAAAUUUGAUUGAUAUAACUGACUCACAAGAUGUAAUGGUUCUUUAAAAUCAAGCCUGAUUUCUUUUUUCUUUUUCUUUGCCCCCUUGUUAGAAAGCUUCCUUUCACCUUUUACCUCUGCUAGGAUGUUCAGUGUGCGGUUCUUUCUGUUAACACAAUGCACUUUUUACAUUGUAAAUAGAUUUGCUUCCUGGCAUCAUAUGGUUUAUAAUCAUGUAAUUAUUUAAUUAUUGUACAUCCAGAUUUGAAAUAAUAAAAUCUGAUGGUAUCAAGUGGUUGAUCUCUUCAGAUGGAAAACAAAA